AACAUGUAGAAACAAAACUCGUUUUGGUCGGUCAUUCUGUUUUAUUGUGCCACCUGCCCCUUCCCCUUAUUAGUAUCGCACUACUGUAGUUAUAAAAGUAGGAGUCUUGCUGCAAUUAUUUCAGUUAACCAAGUGUAAGGGGUUACAAAGAAUCAUAUAUAGAAGUUCCCCGCUUUGAGAAAACUCUUUAGAAACUUUACUUUUCGUUUGAAACCUUUCUAGAUCCAACAAAAUGAGCUACGACCGAACAUGGAGUAGCUCCGCCUGGACUAAGGAGGAAGACAAAGCAUCUGAGAACACCCUGGCUAUCUAUUCUGGAGAUAGCGAUCUAAUGAUGAAGAUUGCAGCAGUAGUUCCUCAGAAAUCUCUUCAAGAAAUUAAUCAGCAUCAUAAUGACCUUGUUAAAGAUGUCAGCGACAUUGAAUCGGGACCCAAAUAUGGGCAAAUGCAAAGUUGUUCCAGUCGUAGAAGUAGAUCAUCGGGAGCAGUGGUAGAACGGCGAAAAGGGAUUCCUCGGACUGCAGAAGAACACAGGUUGUUUGUCCAGGGGUUGGAUAAACAUGGCAAAGGAGAUUGGCGGAAUAUAUCGAGGAAUUGUGUGAGAUCUAGAACGCUAACACAGGUGGCUAGCCAUGCCCGAAAGUUCUUCAGUCGAUUAAAUGACAAUAGCAAGGCGAAGAGGAGAAGAAGCAUUCAUGAUAUCACAAGUGUGAAUGCUGCUUAUACUACUGAACCUUCACAAGGACCGAUCACUGACUAUGUAACUGAAGCUUUUGACGUAAUAUCUUUACCAGGGCAAGCUACCAAUUGUGCUAUUGAAGGACCAUCUGCUGUGAACCCCAAGAAAUUCUCGCUUAGUGCUUCUGUUGGUAGUGAGUUGAAUAAUUCAUCUACUGACUUGGAUGAGUUCCUGCUUCGUAUAGGAGACCUAAUCACUGAACCUGCGGCUGGCACCUCUGGAGUGUGCCACCAGUAACCAUC